AAUGAAUUUAUUUCGACGGCGGAGAUGGAGAUACUUCGAGGGAUUUAGGUACCUACCUACUUUCCUUGCCUCAUAGGUCUUUUAUAAAUCCAAAACAAGCUAUCAACUGAUUGGGUGCUUCAGUCACUCACUAAAUUGGAGCUAUAAUCAUCUCACCAACUCGCUGAGCAACACGGAGCCAUCCUUAUCCCUCUAUCUGAAGGACGACCAACGGCAAGUGGAAUGGUCAUCUGGUGACCAUGUCUGCUUUUGUAUCCCGGAGAGGUGCCAUGCGUGGCAUGCAGGCUCUGCGUCGCUUGGAAACGUCCACGCUUGUGCAGCCAAGCCAAAAAUUCAGAUGGCAAUACUGCCGUAGUUUGUCAAGAACAGCUCGGUUAUACGGUCGACAAGACCCUUUGCUUUCCGCACAGACGGAGAAAAGGCAAUGGUCGACACCUUUGGCAGAGCAGCUAGCUGCGGCCAUUUUGACUACGGGACCCAUCCCACUUGCUAGCUUUAUGCGUAUGUGCCUGACUGCAGAUGUUGGUGGCUAUUAUACGGGCGCCAUUGAGCAAGGGAGGGACCAGUUUGGCCUCAAGGGUGACUUUGUGACAUCGCCCGAAGUCUCCCAGGUGUUUGGAGAGCUCGUUGCCAUCUGGUUUGUUGCAGAAUGGAUGUCCCAGGGUCGUCCGUCGCGUGGGGUCGAGCUCAUGGAAUUAGGGCCAGGAAGGGGAACUUUGAUGAGUGACGUUCUCCGGACAAUCAAAAGAUUUGGUGACAUGUCUAACAGCCUCGACGCCAUAUACAUGGUUGAGGCAAGCCCAGAGCUACGGAAAGCCCAGAAGAAUCUUUUGUGUGGCGAGGAUGCGCCCCUGACCGAGUCUGAAAUCGGCUAUCAUAGCGUCUGCAAACAAACACAACUGCCAAUCGUAUGGACUGAGACUGUUCAGUCAAUCCCGAAGAACCCUGAUAAGACGCCAUUUAUCGUUGCCCAUGAAUUCUUCGACGCGCUGCCAAUACACACUUUCAUGAAUGUGCCAGUCCCGUCUGAGAAGUCGGCUGGCACAACAAACCCUAGCUCAGCCCCGGAAACAACCCUCAAGUCAACUCUUGAAUGGCGUGAGCUCGUGGUGUCACCAACGCCUCCAGGAUCGACUCACGAGAGCCUCAACACCCCUGCCACGCAACGGUGGGAUACACCACCACCAGACUUUCAGCUAACGCUCUCAUCAUUGGCGACUCGGCACUCACGGUACCUCCCAGACUCGUCGCCGCGCUAUCGAGCCAUGAAGAAAGUUGCAGACGCACAGAUCGAGGUGUGCCCAGAUGCAUCCCUAUACGCGGGUGACAUUGCAUCACGGAUCGGUGGCUCGGUUCAAAAUCCCAAGCCACGGCCUAGCGGUGCAGCCUUGAUCCUAGACUAUGGCCCAGGCGAUGGUACGAUCCCGGUCAACUCGCUCCGAGGAAUCCGUCGUCAUCAGCGUGUCAGUCCCUUUGUUGAGCCUGGUCUCACUGACUUGAGCGCCGAUGUCGACUUUGCUGCUGUGGCCGAGGCUGCCAUGCGUGCCAGUGAGGGGGUGGAGGUUCACGGCCCUGUUCCACAAGGGUACUUCCUUGAGGCCAUGGGCAUCAAACAAAGGGCCGAUAACCUGAUCAAGAACUGCAAGGAGCCAUCAAAGGCUGCAGAUGUCGAUCGCGCCUGGAAGAGGCUUGUGGAUCGGGGAUCGAAUGGCAUGGGCAAAAUCUAUCAGGCCCUGGCUAUCUUGCCAGAAAAUGAUGGCAAGCGUCGUCCAGUUGGAUUCGGCGGUGACGUUGGGGAAUAGAAUCCCAUGUGUCAAUUUCCUUGAUACCUGCUGUACAUUCCUUGUAUGAAUAUGGCUCGUAAAGCUGCAUCUUUAGACUGUUUGUUGUAGAACCAGGAUAUCUAUCAGACACAACUCUUUCAUGUCGUACUUUUUGGAAGAGCACAGUAAUACAAAACAUGGCAGAAUAUAAAUUGUAUAUCCAAGCCGCGAUCUUUUUGUCAUACCCAGGAGAAGGCACUCAUGAUAACCC